UUCUCUGGCAUGAACGGUUCCUAUGCCUAGGUCCCAGAUCAUCACCAUGAAGCUGAUCCUUCUGUGCCUGGCUGUGGUGCUCUGCACCUUUGGCAAAGGGACUGCAGGUGUUAGAUUUGGGAGUAGAUUUGGCGUUAAUGCCAACGCAAACUUGAAAUCUUCAGUUGGGCUGAGCCCGAAAACCAAGAGUGCUGAUGGAGACAAACAUGACAAUGUACCUGCUGGAGAUGAAGCCACGAUGGAAAGUAAGAGUAAUAUUGGUACUGGUGCCAUCAUAGAUCUAAACUCCAUAUUGAGAUUCGAAUCACCUAUCAAAACAAUCGUUUCAGCUCUUGCUAAAGGCAAAUAUCUUCUGGACAAGUUAACAGGCAUUCUACCAGCAGAAAAUUCCAUUUCGAAAAGUUUUGAAAAAUUACUUGGAGGAGCAAUGGCCAUUGCUGGUGGCUCAGGUGACGCAACUGCAGAAACUAAGCUGCAACCAUCACUUGGAGUCGUCACAACAUCAGGAGGUGAUCAGAAAGUACAGGCUGAAUCCCCUGAGGCAGUUGCAUCCAACAUGCUAAAGACCUUGGAAGCAAUAGUUAACAACCACAGGGACAAUGCUGGCACCUCAGGUAGUGACGCAACUGCAGAAAGUAAGCUGCAAUCAUUACUUGGAGUCGACACAGCAACAGGAGGUGAUCAGAAACUUCAGGUUGGCAUGCAUAAUGGAGAUGGAAGGAAGGUGUUACUGGAACCAUUAGCAGAGGAGGUUGGGAGAGAGGUCCAUGCCAGUGACUCAGGUGUCUCAGGUAGUCAGCACUCCUUAGUUGGAGUCACCACAGGUUCAGAAGGGCAUCUGAAUCUUAAGGAUGAAAAAGCCCCCGAGGUUAAUGGAAAUGAGGUGGAUGGACAGAAUAGUAGUGACUCUUCAGAGACUGGAAGCAUGGAUGUUGGAAAUAAGAAUGACUCAGGUACCAAUGUUGCUUCUCCUGGACCACAUGACUCUGCUGGCUCUGUUGUUAGUGGCCGAUGUACCUGUUCUACUGAUUGAUGAACAUAUGUCUGGACCUGUUUCUGUUCCUUGGCUAUUUAGAGUCAUUUCUCAUUGGAAAAAAUCAUUAUUUUUGAAAUUUAUCUUUAAAACAAUGAAAAUCAUCGUAAUUUACAAUCAAGUCAGAAUUUUGAAAUCUCAAUCUAUUUAGUUGUUAUCAGAUAGAAGGCUUUUUUUUUUGUUGGCAUAUAAGGUGCCAGGGCUUAUGUCUGUUCCCUGAUUUGUCUUCCUUCUAAAGUGAUUUGGAAUCUGCUAUAGUAGUUAGUGUCAUGUAGGUGUGUUUGGCUUAAUCUUUAUAUCCUAGAUGUAGAGUUGAUUGGCUAGGUAACUUUUGCAGACACAUGUUGGAGAUGCAUGACCAAGUUGAUCCCUAUGUGCAAUAUUGUAAGAAUUCUAUAAACUGUUAAGAUAAUAUUUGUGACUGAUGUGUCAUCUACUUUGAUAAUGUUAACCAUUGGGAAUUAGUAUAGGAAAUGUCCCUUCACACCCAUAUGGGAUUGAGACCUUCUAAUGAAAUGAGUAUUCAGAGAAGUAUUCAGUAUUCGUUAGAACAGGAUAUUAUUAGUAUCUGGCUACAGUGAGAAAUCUAAAAUCAAGUGAUAUGUUAUACUGUAAUAAAUUUGACUUUAGCUCAGGAUUGACUAUGAAUGAAUCUGCUAAAAAAUGGCUUUGUCAUAAAGCAAUGAAACUACUGUAUUUUAGUUCUUCAUCUUUGGGUAUAAAAGUUUAUAGUCAUCACAUAUAUUAAAUUAAUAAAAUUUAAAUCAUUA